UCUGCUCCUCCCAAAUAUAUAUUUUAGUUUGCAGCUGGAUAGAAGUGCUUCUUCAAAAUGGUGGAAUUUUGAUUUAACAAAGACUUCUAAAUAUACACAAACGCAAAUUCGGAGCAUUACAGUGAUUUUUUAAAUCGCUAACUCUUACACCAACGCAAUUCGCUCAACUAUUCUAGGUAGCAGUCUAGGCAGCUUACAAAACCUGCAGUAUCUUUAUUAGAACCUCUCAUUCUGGUUUAAAGGUCGUCAAAAUUGAUACCGUCGCAAUAAUAACGUCGAGCACCUGCAACGCCAAAGAUAGCGUUUGCAAAAGCUCUAGUGGCGUUAGUCUAGUGCCAAGCUGUAGUGGUGCCGUUGGAAAAGUGCAGUUAAUUCCUGGACCAGGGCUAGUGGCUACAACUAAAAUGUCGGGUGAUCAGAAAACCCUUCUAAAGGGACACUCAUCACAGUAUGUAAAAUUAAACGUGGGUGGAAGGUUGUACUAUACAACAAUUGGUACAUUGACGAAACACGAUACCAUGUUAAGUGCAAUGUUCAGCGGACGCAUGGAAGUGCUAACAGAUUCAGAGGGUUGGAUUUUAAUCGAUCGUUGUGGCAAUCAUUUCGGCACCAUACUAAAUUAUUUACGUGACGGUACUGUUCCACUACCAGAAUCUCAUAAAGAGAUAGCCGAAUUACUUGCCGAAGCAAAAUAUUAUUGCAUCACCGAAUUGGCCAUGUCUUGUGAGCGAGCACUUCUGGCACACCAGGAGCCCAAACCAAUCUGUCGUAUACCGUUAAUCACUUCACAAAAGGAGGAGCAACUAUUGAUUAGUUCGUCGUCGAAGCCCGCAGUUAUUUUGGUAGUGCAGCGACAAAAUAAUAAAUAUUCGUAUACAAGUACAUCAGACGACAACUUAUUGAAGAAUAUCGAACUUUUUGAUAAGUUGUCCUUACGUUUCAAUGAGCGCAUAUUAUUUAUUAAAGAUGUCAUUGGACCUAGUGAAAUAUGUUGCUGGUCAUUCUAUGGUCAUGGCAAAAAAGUCGCUGAAGUAUGCUGCACUUCAAUUGUGUAUGCCACCGACAGAAAGCAUACUAAAGUCGAAUUCCCCGAAGCGCGCAUAUAUGAGGAAACGUUGCAAGUACUUUUGUAUGAGAAUCGUAAUGCACCAGAUCAAGAAUUAUUGCAGGCAACAUCAUCAGUGCGCGGAGCCGUGGCUGCGCCCGGUAUGCAGCAGUACACCAGUGAUGAGGAGGAAGAACGCACGAGUCUGGCGCGCUUACGUUCGAACAAACGCAACAAUCCCACAUGAUUCAUGAAACAAUAUGUUGGAUAACAACGCACCGCUCUUCCCUAACUUUGGAGGGACGUUAGCGGAGGUAGUGUGUAAAUGGCCAAAGAAAUAUACUAUUAUGGGGAUAUAAAAGCACCCGAGCGCGUUUAAUAUAAUAUAAAGACAAAUUUACUCGUAAAAUUAAAAAAUAUAUGUAUGUUCAGAACACAAAUGAUCGUACGUACGAAAUCACUCAAAAGGUCAAUAUUACAUAAAUCCUUAAAGAAAUCUAGUAUAAUGCAAUGUGACGACCUUUAUUUGUCAUGUUCGGGUUUCGCAUAUUACAUACAUACAUAUUUUUAUGAAUCGAUUCAUUAGAAACAUUUUUUCACCACAUAACACCGUAUGCAUAUGUUGUUGAUCUGUUGUUUAACAAUUCUACACGCUAUAGUAUUAAACGCACAUACAGGAACAUUCUCAUUAUCAGUUUGCAAUUUACAAAUUGCUUUUUAGUUGUUUAUUUAUACCAUUCCGUUCGAUGCCGGUGGGAAACUGAUAAACGCGGUUUUAAUUUAAAACUAAGCUUUUUAUACUUACACACAGGCAAUUGUAAGACCCAUAUAUAAUUUACAUACAUACCAGCAAAUAAAAAUGAUUGAUGAAUUAAA